GGCUUGCCAGCUUGGCAAACUAAUAAUAAUUACAAUAAUAAUCAGAGUAAUUCAAUGGAUUCCGGGUCCAUCUGGUGCGCUGCGGUCCUUCAGCCGCUAGAUGGCGCUGUGAGCGGUACCGGCUUCCAGCUCACUCGGAGAGGCAGACUAAGGAAGCGGCGUCUGACCCGCCAGAAUCUGGGCUCCUUUUCAAAAGUUGUUGUGGAGAACAUGUCCUAUGUUCCGAGUGACAGACCAACCAGGCAGGACGACAUAAAGAAAGCAUUACAGUUCAUCCAAUCUUCUUUGCCCUUCUUUGGAUCGGAUUGUGAAUACGAGAUUUUCUUGAAAAAACUUGUCAUAAACCUCUUCAAUGAAGGAAAUGACUUGUUCAGAGAAGGUCGUACAAAUGACUCUGUAAACCAGUACUCUGAAGCACUGAGCAUUGCUGAUUACGCAACUUCAGAGGACAUCUCAAUCCCAAAAAAGACAUUGGAAAGACUGUAUUCAAACCGGGCAGCAUCCUACUUAGACAUGGGUUUUCAUGAAAAUGCAUUAAAAGAUUGUGAAGCUGCCUUAAGCUUGAAUCCUGGCAACCUCAGAGCCCUGUACCGGAAAUCAAAUGUUCUGUACAUGUUGGAGAAAUACAAGGAAGCUUAUGAUGCAAUAGCCAGCUGCUCCCUCACUGCCCCGCAGGAUGAAAGUGUGGUGAAGUUGACCCAAGAACUAGCAGCGAAGUUGAAUCUGAAAAUCAGAAAAGCGUAUGUCAGAGCCCAGCCGGAUCUGCAAAUGUGUGCUAUUGAUGUAACAAGUAAGAUCCCAAAUACCCUAGCAGAACAAAUUGAGCCAGACAUAACUGAACUUGCUUAUGAGGCUCCUUUUUCGUCCUUUCAACCACUGACUGUUGCUUCUGACUCCUUGAGUGAUUUUGUUUCAAAUCCAACCUCUAUUUCACCCAACGUCCACUCUGAUUCAAUGACUUUCCCAUCUGCACUUGCCUCUAAUGGAGCUUCAUCUUCCUUUUCAAUGUCAUAUAUGCGUGAUGGAGAUAUAAUUGGUGAUGAGUUGGAUCACAUCCUUGAUUCUGUGCCAGAUUCUCACAAUCUAAACAUGUCCAGUGGUUUAGUGCCAGCACCACUAUCCAGCUUUUCCAGUGACCUGCCUGAUCUAAUGCCGGGUUUUCACAGGUUUUCAUUAUCCGAUAUAUACUCCCAUUCUCUGACCUCAGCAUUUGACAGCUUUUCCCUUAAUUCCUUGUCUUCAGUGGACUCCCAAGGAGGUCACCUGAAUGGAGCAUUGAAUUCAUGUUUGGUUGAUCCUUCUAGUUUUACAGUCACCUCAUCCUAUUUCUCUCUACCUGAAAGUCCUCCCAGAGCUUCAGAGAACAUGAUGAAAACCUCUAUGCUAGAAGGCUUGGGCAAUGGAAUGUCAUCUGUUACAUACUUUAGCACUCACUCAGUCCACAAUCCACUAGAGGAUACACAUGAGUUCAGACAAGCUUGUCAGUUGUGCUUGUCCAAUGCAGGCUUAAAAUUUCAAUGUGUCAAUGUUAAUUUAAACUUGGAUCAUAAAUGCAAAAAGGACAUUUUUAUUGGAAGAAUAAGAAACUCUAUGGACAGUUCAUGGAAAAGAAUAAGACCAAGACCAACAAAGAAUCAAUACGUGGGACCCUUCUAUAUAUGUAAAGAUGUUGCUCAAGGAGGUGAGUGCACAUACCCAGGACACUGCACAUUUGCCUACUCGCAAGAAGAAAUUGAUGUGUGGACGCUUGAGAGAAAGGGGACGUUUUGCAGAGAAACACUUUUUGGAGGAGAUGGCAAAGUCCGCCUUACAAUCCCAUACUUAUUGCAGGAAUACCCUGGAAAUUUUAUGUUUCUCUGUGAGAAAUGUUUUGAGCACAAACCCAGAAUUAUUAGCAAAGAAAACAAAGAUUCACCACAGUAUUGUUCUCAUCCUGCUUUCAGACAUGAUUUCAAUGAUAACAAGUGCCUUGUUCACAUCUUCAAGGAUACUGCUGUAAAAUAUUUCAAGAUCCGUCCAUAUAAUAGUAAUUUGUUGUUCGACUUGUGUCGUCAUGAAGUUCGCUAUGGAUGUAUGAGAGAAGAUGAGUGUUUUUAUGCGCACAGUUUAGUGGAACUCCGGGUCUGGGUGAUGCAAAAAGAAACUGGUAUAUCCCUUAAUGCUAUUGUGCAGGAAUCUACAAAAUACUCUGGUGUUCCAUCUAGUGUCAGUAGACAACAGCUGCUCAAUACUCCAAAUCCUGGGUAUCCAAUUGCCAAAAUAAAGUUUGUUUGUGGACAAUGCUGGAGAAAUGGUCAAGUGAUGGAGGCAGAUAAAAACAGAAAAUAUUGUAGUGCAAAAGCAAGGCACCCGUGGACCAAAGAUCGUCAAGUAGUCUUGGUUAUGUCCAAUGAACGUAAAAAGUGGAUGACUAUUAGACCCUUUCCAACUAAGAAACCUGUUCCACUACAAUUUGAGUUGUGCAAUCAUAUAGUGACUGGUAAAAAAUGUCAGUUUGUGGGAAAUUGCUCCUUUGCCCACUGCCCAGAGGAGAAGGACAUCUGGACUUAUAUGAAAGAACAUGGCAUUCAGGACAUGGAACAGUUGUAUGAAAACCUGACCAAGAGCAAGAGGUCUGGAAAAGAGGUCACUACCCAGACGACAAAGCAAAUUGUUCUUCCCACUGAUUAUGCAGAAACUACAGUUGAUUUUCAUUGCUGGCUCUGUGGCAAGAAUUGCAAUAGUGAACGCCAGUGGAAGAUGCAUAUUUCUUCAGAAAGGCAUAAGGAGAAAGUAUUUCACUCAGAGGAUGAUCAAAGCAUCUGGCAGCACCGCUUCCCUACAGGAUGUUUUAGCAUAUGUGAAAAGUUCUUAUCUGGUACAUGUUCUGAUGGAGACAAAUGCAAAUAUGCCCAUGGAAAUGCAGAACUUUUGGAAUGGAAUGAAAGAAGGAAAGUUCUACGCCAGAAACUAUUCAAAGUUCGCAAAGAUCAGCUGAUUAAUCCAGAUGAUAAUGACUUUGGAAAAUAUAGUUUUUUGAUUAAUGAUUUAAAUUAAGCUCAAGGAUAAGAUUGAAUCGAACCAAUGAGCUCCCAACAAUGUCAGAACAGUAAUCUUUGAUGAAAAGCAUUAUGUAAGGCAGUAUAAAGUGUAUGAGUUUGUAACUUGCUGUAAGAAGAGCAAGAACAAGGAAGUGCAACUCUUCGGUGUGUUACUGGUCUGGUUACCAGCAAAGAGAACCGAGCAAUAUUUUAAUGUGCCAUCUCAAAUGGGUAUUUUAGAGGUAAAGUCAGUUUUAUUGUGUUGAAUUAACAAAACGGCUGUAUUUCAAAGAUUUAAACCGCGUUUCCUUGAAUGAAAGCACUUUUGUUUUAAAAGAUUAUCCCCAAUCAGGCAGUUGACAAAAUCAAAACCCAGAAAGACCAUUUAUAUAGCGGUAUUGGUAGCACAGAUUUCUAAAGCUUUUUUUUGUUUUUUGCAUAUAUCGCAAAUUGU